AUGAAAUCGCAUAAAGGAAUACAAAUUAUAAUGAAUUUAAUAUUCUUAUAAUAUUGCUUAGCUCAAACGUGUUAAAUAUCUUAAAUAUUUGACACUCUAUCACAAGCAUGUCUUAGCUGCUCACCAAAUUGCUAAAAUUGCUUUAAUAUAAGCCAAAACUCAUGCAUUGGUUGUGUAAAUAAUUCUUACAUGAGUUAUGAUGAUAUUUCUACUUGUUAAAAUUUUUGCCAAAAAAAUGAAGUUAUUGACAGCGAAGGCAUAAGAUGCAUUAAAUGUAAAGUCAGUGGAUGCGUCUAGUGCACCUCUUAAUAAAUUUGUCUGGUUUGUGAUGAAAAUUUAGUGCUUGAUAAAAACAAUAAUCAGUGUAAUGCUAAAAAAGGGAUUUGCGAAUCUGAUUUAUAAUUACUUAAUCCACCUUUCGAAAGUAGAAAAUGUAUGAAUACCUGUCAAUAAUCUUAUUAUUUGAAUUACAGUAGCUAAAUUUGUGAAUACACUUAGGAAUGCCCAUAAAUUCAGCAAUUAUCUAGCUCUGUUAUUAAUAGGUAUGUGAAUGGCAUUGGGAUAUUUAAAGAGAAUCAAUACAUUACUAUAAGUGGCGGCUCUUGCAGCUUCGCUAUAGUGGAUCAAAACUGGAAUAUAAUAACAAAAUAAACUUUACAAGAGAUAAACACAUUUGGAUUCUUUCAAAGAUAAGAUGAGACUUAAAUAUAAUAUUUUUUAUCAGGAGUUUAUGGCGGAUGUCUUUAGGGAUAAAGGUUUAAUGUUAUGAAUUUUGAGACUCUACAAAUAGAAUUCGAUGAAUAAAAUUUGGAAUCAUAACAUGGUAUUAGUUAUAUAGAUCAUGUUAAUAAGCUUGUUUUCAUGAUAGAUAGUUAAGCAUAAGCUUUAAUAUGGUAUGAUAUAUAAAAUAAAAAAAUUAAUCGUGUUUAACUAUAAAGCAGAUACAGUAUUUAAUUAAAAAUAUUUAGCAGAUAUUAUAUUCAGUCUAAAGAAGUUAAUUAACUAUUUGUAGGAACACUUCAAUAGGACUUUUCUAUAUCACUUAUAUAGUCAAAAUAAUGCUUCAGUCCUAUUCCUGAUUAUAUAUUGUUGCAAAAAUAAAAUUAUAUUAUAUCUUCAACAUUUGAUAUUUAAAAUUGGUUCUACAAAUUAACAUUUCAGUAAGAUGGAGAGCUCAUAGACUAAAUCCUCAUUUUAGAAAUAGAAUAUUUUCCUACUAACAUAUUUUCAUACUAAUCUUUUAAUUUGGUAGUGUAAUAUGAUUAUAAUAGACAACAAUUACUAUUAAUAUAAUUUAAUGACACUUAUGAUGGAGUAUUGAUAAAUUAGGUAAUCUUUCAGGAUACUCUUCUUUAUAUUACAGUAACAAAUAAUCAAAUUUUAAAUAGCUAUUUCAUUUUACUUGAAAACUAGAAUUCUUAUCUAUUUGCAAAUUUAACUGACGCUCUCUAUUAACAUUCCUAUAAUAUUAAGUAAUUAGUUUUAUGA